AUGGCCGAGGGUCCGAGCUGGGGGGAGGCGUCCGGCCUGGCGGAGUUGGCGGUGGCGGUGGUGGUCCGCGCCAUCAGGGAGGCUGGGCUGGAGGUGGCGCCGCAGAAGACCCAGGCGAUGUUCUUUUUCGACCAUCGCCGGGCACUUCGGCGGGCUGCGCCGAGGCUGGAGGGGGCGACCAACGCGCUGAGUCGCCUCCUCCCGAACCUCGGGGGCCCGGAGACGCGAGUGCGCCGCUUGCUGGUGGGAGCGGUGCGGUCGAUCGCCCUGUACGGGGCGCCGGUGUGGGCGGAGGACCUCGCGGCCUCCCGGCGGGCCCUCCAGGUGGUGAGGGCGGCCGAGAGGCGGCUGGCCGGGAGGGUCGUGAGGGCGUACCGCACCGUCUCUCACCGAGCGGCGCUGGCCCUGGCGGGCACCCCCCCCGUGGAGCUGCUGGCGGAGGGACACGCUAACGCGUACCUCCGCCGGCGGGACCUGCGGGAGAGGGGUGUGGUGCUGACGGCCAGGGCAAAGGGGGCCCUGAGGGAGCAGGGGAGGAGGGCGGUGCUGCUGAAGUGGCAGCGGCGACUCGCCGACCCGGGUGAAUCGGGUCGGAGGGUCGCCGGGGCCGUCCAGCCCAUCCUCUGCGAGUGGGUGGACAGAGGAUGGGGGACGUUGACCUACAGGACGACACAGGUUCUCUCCGGACACGGAUGCUUCGGGGAGUUCCUGUGUCGUAUCGGGAAGGAGCGCGGACCGCACUGCCACCAUUGCGGGGCGGAGAGGGACACGGCGGACCACACCCUAGCCGAGUGCGCGGCAUGGGGUGAGGAACGCCGUGUCCUUAAAGACGUGGUAGGGGAGGACCUCUCGCUGCCGACCGUCAUGAGGAAGAUGGUCGGGAGCGAGAGGAACUGGAGGGCGGUCUCCUCCUUCUGCGAGCAGGUGAUGCUGCGGAAGGAGGAGGCCGAGCGCGAGCGCCGACCGGGAGUCGGCCGGAGGGGUCCCGGCCACGGAUGACGGCGGCGGGGGGGCCGCGGGGCGCCUUAAUGGCGCCGGCGGCCCCCUCGUCGCGUCCGGGGCGGGAGUGCGAGGAGCAGGGGGGUGGAGACUCGGGAGGGAGGUCGCGGAGACCUCCCUCCGGAGUCGCGGGGAAGGGCCCCGACUCGGGUGGAGUCGGGGCUGCAGGCGCGUGACCCCCGUUGGGGGCAGAGUGUCGGCGGGGCACUUGCCCGGGCACUCGGGUGACUGGUCGUCGGGGCAUCUGCCCGGGCCGUCAUCGUCGAGGGGUCCGAGGACUCCUUGACCCCCAACGGGGAGUAUCGGGGACGGGUGGGCGAGGGCCGACUUGGGAGCGUCGGCCGUCGCCCUAAAACCUCCCCUCGACAGAGAGGGGAGGUCCCCGCGGAGCGGUGGUCUGCCACGCACCGCGGGUGGGGAUUAGGGCCCGAAAGGGCAGCGCACCGGCGCUAGGGACGUAUACCGGGCAUCGUGGGGCGCGAACGAAGUGCCGUUUGGCCGAUCUCGCGCCCCAUACAGCCAGGGUUGGCAGACGGAGGUAGGUUUAGUGAGUAGGAGUCUCACACUCCCCUCGCACCCCGCC